ACCUGGGAGCCGGAGAUAGGGGAGCUCUGAGAGAGUCGACCUGUGGAGUUCCUGGCUGAGGGAGUGCUUGCUGUGUGCCGGGGUGGGGGUCAGGGAGUAAGGGGCACCCCGGGUGGGAGGCGGGCUUCUGGAAGGGCGUAUGGAGAGAGUUCAUCGUGGAGACUCAGAAACCGCAGCAGGUGUGCAGGCUUUAGGUCCCAGGAGCCGCCUUCUCCCCAGCUGACAGCACUUCUCUGGCUCCACGAGACCCGAGGUUUUAAAUGUCUGCAUCUGAGUCAGUGAGGCCGCUUGACACAGGACGCCAGUGUUCAGAGAAAGCAGCAGGUCCGUUUGGCGAAAUGUCAUCUCCACGUCAGGACUGGAGUAAAAAGAAAAAGAGCAAAGAGAAGAAGAGAAAAAGAGAAGAAGAUGAAGAAACUCAACUUGAUAUUGUUGGAAUCUGGUGGACAGUAACAAACUUUGGUGAAAUAUCAGGAACCAUAGCAAUUGAAAUGGAUAAAGGAACCUACAUACAUGCACUUGACAACGGACUUUUUACACUGGGAGCUCCACAUAAAGAAGUUGAUGAGGGCCCUAGUCCUCCAGAGCAGUUUACAGCUGUCAAAUUGUCUGAUUCCAGAAUUGCCCUGAAAUCUGGCUAUGGAAAAUACCUUGGUAUUAAUUCAGAUGGACUUGUUGUGGGGCGUUCAGAUGCAAUUGGACCACGAGAACAAUGGGAACCAGUCUUUCAAGAUCAACAUGGAUGGACCUUGCUAAGUGAAAUAAGUCAGAGAAGGACAACUGUAUGAUCUCACUUAAUAUGGAAUCUUCAAAAACGAAAACAAACAAAAACUCAGAAAAAGACAUCAGACUUGUGGUUGGUUACCAGAGUGGUAGGUGUUGGGAUUAGGAAUUAGAGGAAGAAGGUGAUCAAAAGGUAACUUCCAAUUACAAGAUAAAUAAGUGCCAUGGAUAUAAUGUAUAGCAUGAUUACUACAGCUAAUGCUGCUGUAUGAUAUAUAGGAAAGCUGAUGAGAGAGUAAAUCCUGAGUUCUCAUCACAAGGAAAAAAAAAUUUUCUUUUUGUGCUUUCUUCUUAUUGUUAACUGCAUGAGAUGAUGGAUGCUAGCUAAAACUUAUUAAGAUAAUCAUUUCACAGUAAGUGUUAAGCCAAGCCAAACCAUUAUGCUGUAUACCUUAAGCUUACGCAGUGAUUAUGUCAGUUAUAUCUCAGUAAAACUGGGGGAGGAAAUCAUUCAACAAAAAUAGCAGUAGUACUUCUGCCCACCAUCAUUUCUGUCCACAUAAAAACAUCCCUCUGACAUUGAUUCUUAAAGUUCUUUUUUUUU